AUGAAUUCAACACUUGUUCAAGUAUUAACUCAUUGUGGCCAACAACUUGAAAAAUAUCAAAGAUGCGUCGAAAAUCAUCCAAAUAAUUGGAAUUCGAUUUGUGAUCAGCAAAGGAAAGAAUUGAAUAAAUGUUCGGAAGAAAGUAUACCGGAGCUUAAAUCAUUAAAACAAAAGUGCAAUAAAGUUAUUAUCGCGUAUGAGAAUUGCUUAAUAAAAAAUGAAACAACACCAGAAAACUGUAUUAAUGAAUUGGAAGACCUGUAUAAUUGCACCGAAUCAAAUUCAAGUUCUUCAACUUCAACUAACACUAAUACUUCUGCCACCACAACCAUCACACCAGCAAACACUGAAAUAAAAUCAUAA